UUUUCAGAUUUAGUUUUUUCAAGAAAAAAAUGUCUUUUCUUGCGCCUUGUCAAAUCUUGGAGCUGAAUAUUAUUUCGGCCCAAGAAUUGGCGCCCGUGGCACGGUGUAUGAAGACAUAUGCAAUCGCUUGGAUUGAUCCAGAGCGUAAAUUGACGACUCGGGUCGACAAUACGGGUGGAACAAGCCCUACAUGGAACGACAAGUUUGUGUUUCGUCUAGAUGAGGAAGCACUCUACGAUGCCACAUCAAUAGUUGUUAUAGAGAUCUAUGCAUUGCAUUGGUUCAAAGACAUUCAUGUUGGAACGGUACAAACCUUAAUAAGUGACCUUGUCAGCCCUUCUUCGGCUAUGAGAUUUGUUACCCUAGAGGUUCUUCGUGCCUCGGGCCGCCCUCACGGCCUUCUAAACAUUGCGGUGGGGCUUAUCGAUAACUCAGGCCAAAGCAUGCCUCUUUUGUUUGAAGAAGAUUUGUUGUUUCACAAGAAAAACAUAUCUUCAAAACCUGUAGGGCUUCGACGGUCAAAAAGUGAUACAAGCUCAAUGGUGGAUUCACCAAGGAAGGUGACACAAUCCCGUGUGAGUUCUACUACAAACUCAGGUUUUGAGAAAGAUGAGUUUUCAUCUGACUCUCAAAUGGUUGUGUAUGAGCCUCAAAGAAAAACGCCGAAUACAUUGUUGAGGCAAAAAAAGCAACAAAUCGUGUAUGGGACACCGAUGAGGCCAAGGAACACGACAGCAUAUACUCCCAAAAGGAACAAUAUCGAAUAUGGAACACCAAUGAGGUCAAGACCAAUCGUUAUUACAGAAUCUGAUUUAGGUCCUUCAGCCUCAGUGGUUGCUGCCCAAAUAGCAAAAGAGAAGGCACUCACAGGGAAAGAUGCUGAGAGUACUGUGAUAAGUGUUGGUGAACGAAGCGUCGAGGGUCUUCGUUCCAAGCUAGAAAGGUGGCAAGCCAAUCUACCAGUGGUUUUAGACGUGGGUUCAAGUUAUCAACCAAGUUCUGACUACAAAACAAACUCUAACUUUAACCCUAAAUCAAGUUACAAGCCUAACGAAAUUGUCCCAAGAAAUCCUCAGAUGAUUGGAGCUCCCAUCCAAAAGCAAAGUGGGAGGAACAAGAAAGGAGGAGAUAAUGGAUUGUUUUCAUGUUUUGGUAACAUUUGUGGCAUUGAGUGUUCUAUUGUUUGUGGUGGCUCUAGUGGACAAAAAGCAGCCAAGAAGAAGAAGAAAAAGAAGUGAAAAAACUUCAAACACUAUUCCUUCAAUUCUAAAUGAUUCAUUUCUCAUUAUGUUUCUAUUUUUCAAGCUUGUCGAUUUUGCUACUCAAUAAUCAAAUUUAUAAUAGUAA